UUGCAGAUGAGAGUCUGAGAGUAAAGAGAGACAGAGAAAUGGCGUGGGAUAGGAAGACAGUUACCAAGUGGCUGGUAGCUCGAGCAUGUGGGGGUAGAGUUUCUUUGUGUCGGUAACAGAUCCCUCUGGUCUGUUCCAGAUCGGGUUUCAGGUUUUAACACAGAACAAUACUCUAGACUCUGCUUUGUUUCAGAAAGAGCUGCUUUGAGUUGAUUUGACACUUUACAUUUAAAAAUGUUUUGUUGAAAGACCCUGAACAUUUGAAAUAACUCCGGACACAGCAGAACCAACAGACAAACGGACAGAGUGUGAGGUGUUCAGACAGCAGAACAAACAGACAUACGGACCGAGCGUGAGGUGUUCAGACACAGCGGAACCAACAGACACACAGACAGAGCGUGAGGUGUUUGGACACAGAGAGGAACCAACAGACACACGGACAGAGCAUGAGGUGUUUAUACAGCAGAACCGACAGACAAACGGACAGAGCGUGAGGUGUUUGGACAGCAGAACCGACAGACAAACGGACAGAGUGUGAGGUGUUUGGACAGCAGAACCAACAGACAAACGGACAGAGCGUGAGGUGUUUGGACACAGAGAGGAACCAACAGACACGGACAGAGCAUGAGGUGUUUGGACAGCAGAACCGACAGACACACGGACAGAGCGUGAGGUGUUUGGACAGCAGAACCGACAGACACACGGGCAGAGCGUGAGGUGUUUGGACAGCAGAACUGACAGACACACGGACAGAGCGUGAGGUGUUUGGACAGCAGAACCGACAGACACACGGACAGAGCGUGAGGUGUUUGGACAGCAGAACCGACAGACACACGGACAGAGCGUGAGGUGUUCUGGCAAAUGCUCCCUUCCUGAUGACGUGGUGAACUCCAUGUCAUGCCGUCGCUAUGGAAACGUUUCAGCUUUUCCUUUGGCGCUCUGCUCUGCGUGCUCUCCGCUACGCUGUUGGUUGUUGCCCUGGCGACGGAGCGCUGGGUCACUGGGGGCAUCUUGUGUGGCACCGGGGCAGAGCUGGUCAAUGCCAACUGCUCUGAGAUGGACCAGUUCACUGGAGACAUUUCCUACGGGCUGUUCCAGGGACAGAAAACCCAUCGCUGUGGUCUGGGGAUGCGUCGCUCCAAAAUACACUUCUUCCCCGACCUGGUUCUGAGCCUCAAUACGGGUCUCCAUGUCCUGGUCAUCGUGUUUCUGCUGGUGGCGCUGGGCUUCAGUCUCCUCAGCUUCUCCUUCUGCAUCUACAACGCACGCAAGGUUCCCUACCAGAGUAUCAAAGGCCCUGCUGGACUCUACAUGUGGAACGUCAUAGCAGCGGUGUUUGGCUCAUUAGCGGUCCUGUGUUUCCUGGCAGCAGUCAGACAGCAUCGUUUAACGGAACGUGUCUCCAACUUUAGGGAAACUCUCUUCCGGUUCUCCGUUCUGGACGAGGAACUGGAUUGGUCCUUCUGGCUGGGCGUGGCCAGCGUUGCUACGCACGGCGUGGUGUGUGUAGUCGUGGCAAUGAGCCGAAUUAAACUGCCCAAACCACAGAGAAAGAAGCCACCUGAGCAGCCGACCGUCACUGCUGAUGUUCUGAUGUACUGACACACACACUGUCCCAGGACACUGUCCCAGGGAGUUGAUCCACACUGUCCCAGGGAGUUGAUCCACACUGUCCCAGGGAGUUGAUCCACACUGUCCCAGGGAGUUGAUCCACACUGUCCCAGGACACUGUCCCAGGGAGUUGAUCCACACUGUCCCAGGGAGUUGAUCCACCGUGUCCCAGGGAGUUGAUCCACCGUGUCCCAGGGAGUUGAUCCACCGUGUCCCAGAGAGUUGAUCCACACAGUCCCAGGACACUGUCCCAGGGAGUUGAUCCACCGUGUCUCAGGGAGUUGAUCCACACUGUCCCAGGGAGUUGAUCCACACUGUCCCAGGGAGUUGAUCCACCGUGUCCCAGGGAGUUGAUCCACACUGUCCCAGGGAGUUGAUCCACCGUGUCCCAGGGAGUUGAUCCACACUGUCCCAGGGAGUUGAUCCACCGUGUCCCAGGGAGUUGAUCCACACUGUCCCAGGGAGUUGAUCCACACUGUCCCAGGGAGUUGAUCCACCGUGUCCCAGGGAGUUGAUCCACACUGUCCCAGGGAGUUGAUCCACACUGUCCCAGGGAGUUGAUCCACACUGUCCCAGGGAGUUGAUCCACACUGUCCCAGGGAGUUGAUCCACCGUGUCCCAGGGAGUUGAUCCACUGUGUAACAGGACUGGCUGGGAGAACUUUUUUUUUUUUUUAGGCCAAAGCCAAAAAGAUUAAUCUUAUCACAUGACCACAGUUUUUGGUUGUGGAACAUGAGUUCA